AUGAAAGGGUGGUUAAUACCCUUGUAUUUUCUGUUAUUUUCCCUCUUCUUUACCUCCAAUUCCUGUGCUCUACCACUACCGUCGUGCCCUCAUGACCAAAGUGCUGCCUUAACCCAAUUCAACAACUCCUUUUCCGUUCAUUGCUCCUUAUACCCCCAAAGUGCUAAGACAAUCUCUUGGAAGAAAGGAACAAACUGUUGUUUGUGGGAUGGGGUUAAGUGUGAUAGCGAAGCAGGGAAUGUGAUUACACUUGACCUUAGCUUCAGCUGCCUUAUUGGUCCUCUCCACUCUAACAGCACCCUCUUCCUUCUCCGCCAUCUCCGUCAGCUAAACCUUGCUGGGAAUCAUUUCAACAUGUCCCCGAUUGCAUCCCAGUUUGGAAAGUUCCCCGAAGAUGUUUUCCACUUUCCAUACCUGCAGAAGUUCGAACUUUUUGAGAUCGAUAACCAGCUAGAACUCAAGUUCCCAAAGACAAAUUGGAGUGGUCCCCUCAAGUCAUUGCAAGUCUCAUCUCCAUAUUUGCAGGAACUACCUGAUUCAGUUGGCAAUCUUAGAUCUCUGGAGAUAUUGGAUCUCGGCGGUGGUAAUUUGAAAGGUCCAAUUCCAGCAUCUCUCGGAAACCUCACACAACUUGAACAUCUAGAUCUUUCCCAUAAUAACUUCGAUGGUCCUAUUCCAUGUUCAGUUUUCAACUUCACUCAACUUCAGUUUCUAGAUCUUUCUAAAAACAAGUUGGUGGGUUCCUUUCCCUCAAAAGUGAGUGGGCUUUCACAACUUAGUAUUCUACGCCUUCAUCACAACUUUCUCAGUGGCAGGGUACCAUCCUGGUUCUUCACUCUUCCAUCUUUAGUUGAGUUAAUGCUCAAUAGUAACAAGUUGAAUGGCAAUUUUGAAUUGACCAAACUAUCAGAGCUCAGCAAACUUGAGGUGCUCUCUCUCUCGGAUAAUGCUUUGUCAUCAUUUACCAGUGCAAGCAAUUCCAAUUACUCUUUGCCUUGUCUUGUGAGUUUACAACUCUCUUCUUGCAACAUCAGCGAAUUUCCAAAUUUUGUAAGAAAUUUAGAAGGUUUGAACUUUCUAAACCUUUCUUACAAUAGAAUUCAUGUUAUCGAGGCAGAUAUGUUUCUAAAGUUUAAAGGCCUUCAAGUCUUGGAUCUUUCGCACAACAUUCAUCUGUCUGUGGGCAACAAUAGCGAGGUUGAUCUUGUUUUGCCCUGGCUUAGUGACUUGUGCAUGUCUUCUUGUAAUAUAACUGAAUUAUCAAAUUUCUUGACAACGCAAGAGAGUUUGAUGUUUUUAGACCUUUCAAACAACAAUAUUCAAGGACGAAUUACAGAGCAAGAAAACAAUUGGGGAAGCAACCUAGUGAAUCUUGAUCUCUCUAACAAUUUGUUGACAGCUCUAGAAUAUUAUCCAUGGAAGAGUAUUGAACUUCUUGAUCUUGGCUCCAACCUGAUAGAAGGGCCACUUCUAGCACCUCCACCUUCCACGAUGGCUUUCUUAAUCUCAAACAACAGAUUAAAUGGAGAAAUUCCAUCUUCGAUAUGUAAUCCAGAGAGUUCGUAUCUCAUUCUUUAUCUCGACUUGUCCUAUAACAACUUGAGUGGAGCAAUCUCAAAAUGCCUGGGCUUGAGAUAUCAUUCAAAUUUGGAUUUGCAGAUGAAUAAGUUUUACGGAAACAUCCCUGAUUUUUGGGUUGAGAGAAAUUACGGGUUACAAAUACUUAACCUCAACAACAAUGAUUUUGAUGGGUCAUUACCUAAAUCCUUGGCCAAUUGUCUUGGUUUAGAAGUGUUAAAUCUUGCAAACAACAAGAUAAAUGACACGUUUCCACACUGGUUGGGAGACCUUCCUCGGCUAAAAGUUCUUGUGUUGCGCUCCAACUAUUUUCAUGGGCAAAUAGCUCAUUCUGCAAAUGAGUCGCAUUUCUCGACUCUGCAAAUUUUAGACCUCUCGCAUAAUAGGUUUUCUGGUUUUCUGCCAACAACAUACUUUAGAAAUUUCAAAGGUAUGAUGAAUUUGGCCAGUGUUCCAAUGGAAUAUAUAGGAGCUGACAGAAGCUAUUACAUUUAUUCCUUGGCUUUAACAAUGAAAGGUGUGGAAUUCAUGCUCGAGAGAGUUCUAACUAUUUUUGCAGCCAUCGAUAUGUCAAGCAACAGAUUCGAAGGAACAAUUCCAGAGACAGUUGGAAACCUUAUUUCUCUCGAAGUGCUCAACUUGUCUCAUAAUCACUUAACUGGUCAUAUUCCUUCCUCAUUAGGAAAUCUGGCACAACUGGAGUCACUAGAUCUCUCUUGCAACAAGCUUGUUGGGGAGAUUCCUUCAGAGCUGACUGAUCUGAAUUUUCUUGAAGUGUUAAACCUGUCAGAGAACCAGCUCGUUGGGCUCAUACCUCAGGGAAAACAAUUCAACACCUUCCUCAACGAUUCCUACGUUGGCAAUACAGAGUUGUGUGGGUUUCCCGUGUCAAAAAGCUGUGGCCAUAGUGAUCCACCAUCAGCAAUUUUUGAAGAAGAGGAAUUUGAUUCUGCAUUUGGACUGGAUUGGAAAUUUGUAAUGAUGGGUUAUGGAUGUGGAUUGGUUUUUGGAUUUUCAGCAGGAUACAUCAUGAUGACAAUUCGGAAACCAAAAUGGCUUGUUUGGAUGAUUCAACAAGCAGGCAACAGAGCUGAGGCAGUGAAUACUAUAGUUUAUCUUCAAAACAGGCUACCAACCAAAACCCUAUUGGAGAAAACUCUAUUUGAAGUCUGGUUUGGAUUCAAACCAUCAGUGGCACAUUUGAGAGUCUUUAGUUGCAUCUAUUAUGCACAUUUUCCUACUGUCAAAAAGGAAAAAUUAGAAAAGAAGGCUCAACUUAGCAUCUUUGUGGGCUAUAGUAGUGUUAAAAAGGGUUAUAGAAUCCUCGAUCCUACAACUUACAAAGUCUUUGUAAGCAUAGAUGUAGUUUUUGAUGAGAAGCCAACAUGGAUCUCAGACAAGGAUGAGCCAGAAAGUGUUGCUGAAGACUUGGUGACAAGGCCAAAUGAAGGUGAUCAGAUUGGGCAAAAGAUGAAUUUUAAACAUGAGUUUGUUAGAGGAACCAAAUUGAUCAGUGAAGUGUAUGAGAGGGUUGACAUAGCUGCUGUUGAGCCAGUUGAUUUUGAAGAAGCAGAAACACAAGAAAGCUGGAGGCAAGCAAUGUUGAAUGAAAUAAGCAUGAUCCACAAGAAUCGGACUUGGGAACUAGUUGAAAGACCAGUCCACAAGAAAGUCAUAAUAGUGAAAUGGGUGUUUAGAGCCAAACAAAAUGCUAAUGGAAGUUUGAACAAGCUCAAGGCAGUGUUAGUUGUGAAGGGUUUCAAGCAACAGCAUGGUGUUGACUACUUUAAAACAUUUGCACCAGUGGCAAUACUAGACACUAUUAGACUUCUGCUUGCAUUGGCAGCUCAAAGGCAGUGGAAGAUACAUCAACCUGAUGUAAAAUCUGCCUUCCUCAAUGGAUUCCCCAGUGAAGAAAUAUAUGUUGAAUAG